GCAUUACACAUUACUAGGCGCUUUGAGCCGGAACGGAACGGAGCCAGCCGAAUAAGAACAACAAAAACAAACAUAAAAUAAUGUUUCUUAAAACUUGUCUGCUGCUGUUAGUGUGCGGCGUCGCUGCGCUGUCCGCCCACAGCUACGAUGGCUACAAGAUCUACGACGUCUACGCGCGCAACAACUUUGAGAAGCAGCUGCUGCUGCGUCUGGCCAGCAAUGAGGAUUAUGAUUUCUUCGAUAUGCCACGUGCCUUGGAUGCGGCUACACGUGUUAUGUUGCAGCCAAAUGAUCAGCCCACGUUUGAGCAGCUGCUGCAACGUUUCGGUGUCAACUUUAUGGUGAUCGAUGAGAAUUUGGGCCAAACGCUGCAGAAGGAGCAACUGGACAACCAGAACCAGCGUCUGAUGGCUCAGCGGGAUGCGACGCGCAGCAUCAGCUUCACUGCCUUCCAUCGCCAUGCCGAAAUCAAUGCUUACUUGGAUGAGCUGGCCAAGGCCUAUCCCAGCCGCGUCACUGUCCAAUCGGCCGGCAAAUCAUAUGAGAAUCGCGACCUGAAGACCAUCACCAUCAGCAAUGGCGAUGGCAAGAGCGGCAAGAAUGUGAUCUUCCUGGAUGCUGGUAUACAUGCGCGCGAAUGGAUUGCGCCCGCUGGUGCGCUGUAUGUCAUCUAUCAGCUGGUGGAGAACUUUGCGGCCAACGCUGAUCUGCUGAAGAACUACGAUUGGGUCAUUCUGCCCGUGGUCAAUCCCGAUGGCUAUGAAUACACCCACACCAGCUCCCGCAUGUGGCGCAAGACCCGCAAGCCAGUUGGCUCCUCUUGCUAUGGCACCGACGGCAAUCGCAACUUCGACUUCCAUUGGGGUGAGGUGGGCGCGUCCAGCUUCUCGUGCGCCGACACAUACAAGGGCACGACUGCCUUCUCCGAGCCAGAGACGCAAAUCGUACGCGAUUUGCUGCUCAACCUCACGGGCCGUGGCAAAUUCUAUCUGACGCUGCAUUCGUAUGGCAACUACUUGCUCUAUCCAUGGGGCUGGACAUCUGAUCUGCCCAGUGACUGGCGCGCACAUGAUGAUGUGGCUCAAGCUGGCGCCGCUGCCAUUCAAAAGUCCACGGGCACCAAAUACACAGUGGGCAGCUCGACGAAUGUGCUCUAUGCCGCCGCCGGUGGCAGCGAUGAUUAUGCCUUCGGCGUGGCCAAGUUCCCUGUUUCCGUGACCAUGGAACUGCCCGCUGGCGGAUCUGGCUUCAAUCCCAGCACAGCACAGAUACUGCCCUUCGUGACCGAGACCUGGACGGGCAUUCGUGCCAUGGCCGAGAAGGUAAUUCAGAAGUAUUAAGAGCCCAAAUGCAGCAAAUAAAGCCAGCUAUGUUUAAUAUCUGACAAAUA